AAUGCCUCAAUAUGGAAGUCGCCGUCGUUUGUUACCGCCGGCUGGACAAGAGGAAUACGGUGAGGUGGUUGGUGAAGCUGAAGAGGAGUAUGAGGAGGAAGAGUGGGCAAGAAAAAGAAUGAUCAAGUUAGUUGUUGAUCGGGAGUAUGAAACUAGCUCAACUGGAGAAGACAGUGCUCCUGAAUGUCAGAGAACACGUCCUCAGAAUCCUAAUAUCCACAGUAAUGUCAAUGGCAAUAUAUACAUUGCACAGAAUGGUUCUGUGGUGAGAACCCGCCGAGUCUGCCUCACUGAUAAUUUAAAAGUUACUUCCCCUGUUCGACUGGGGAGACACUUUAAGAAACUAGACAAGUUGGCCGUGACACACGAGGAGAAUGUCCCCCUGAACACAUUAUCAAAGGGGCCAUUUUCUACUGAGAAAGUGAACACAAGACCAACUCUGGUUACAUUUGCCCCUUGCCACAUGGGGACUGACGGUAUGGCAGUGAGGUCUUUGGGGAACAGGUCGAAAAGCACAGUUGAACAGGAAUCCAUGGUUGAGAGUAAGAACGUCAAGGAGGCUCUGGAAUUCCAUAGUGACCACACGCAGUCAGAUGAAGAGGAGCUGUGGAUGGGUCCCUGGAACAAUCUCCAUAUACCAAUGACAAAACUGUGACUGAUUUUUUUAAAAAGUUAUUUUAAUUUUUACUUCAGUUUUUAAUAAACUGCACUUUUUAUUGUCACUGACAAAACAACGUAUGGGGUUUAUAUCAUGCACACAAGCUAAAACUUUGAACAAUAGGCUUUAAAGCUUAAAAAGAGACAGAUUUGCACUCACAUUUGUAUCAAUUAAUUGUUCUUCCCAGAAAAAUCUUUUUGGAUAGACUCUCAAUUCACUGUAUAACAUCAUUUAAGCAUUUUGCUGUUGGGUUGGGUCUUUUUUUUUCUCAUUUUAAUAAACAAUAAAUAAUUUACUAAAUAAUCAUUUAUAUU